AUGAUGCACAACAUAAACAAAUUGCUCAGCGCAAUCGUCGUGUUGGCUUGCAUUGCUGCUCGCACAUCCGUUGUCGCUGUGCCAGUUGACAUCAAUCUGACACCUGAAGUGCACCAAUUGCUACCGCAGGUCACUCCCCUGCCUAUUGUGGAGAAGCGACAAGGAACGGAGGUCACUGUGACAGUCACCGUUACUCGGCACGUCGACUUCGACAGGCUCCGUUUCCACGUCAACCACCACUCUUGGCGGGAGCAGCUCGUCCACUUCGAGUAUCUCGAGCGCGACGUCGACGACGACUAUCACCGCCUCGAGCUCGUCGUCCUCAUCGCACUCGAGGACUACGUCCUCCACCACGUCCUCCACCACCAGGAGGAGCAGGACGCACACCUCCACUACUUCACCGUCCACCUCGUCAACGCAUUCGUGGAACCUACGGAAACUGGUCCCAAUGGCUACAUUCCGUUCAACACUUUCCCGACGGGUGGCAACUACCCUGCCUUCACGCCGUACCAGGGCGAGUGA